CUCCCUCUCCCUCUCUUUUCUGUGUGUAUGUGUGUAUGUGUGUGUGUGUCUCUCUCUUCCCCCUCUUCCCCCUCCCUUCCCAAGCUCUGUAACAUUAAAGUGAAAAUGCUCCUUUCUGUGCCUCCUCGUGCCGGAAUCGCCACUUUUGGCUACAACAAGAGCAACAAGAAGGCCUGUCAUUGGGAACCUGAAAGGCCUCGACAGUUUUGGAAAAUACAGCCUUAUGUUUCAGUGGCCCAGCAGAUGGCACCACCGAGUCCCAGUGGCAGCAACAAUAACAACAGCAGCAGCAGUGGACCUGGCGGUGGUGGUGGCGGCGGCGGUGGCGGGGAUCAGCUGAGCAAAACAAACUUAUAUAUCCGGGGCUUGCACCCAGGUACCACAGACCAGGACCUCGUCAAGUUGUGCCAACCAUAUGGCAAAAUUGUCUCCACCAAGGCCAUUCUGGACAAGACAACCAACAAAUGCAAAGGCUAUGGCUUUGUGGAUUUUGACAGCCCCACAGCAGCCCAGAAGGCAGUGACUGCACUCAAAGCCAGUGGGGUACAGGCCCAAAUGGCCAAGCAACAGGAGCAGGAUCCUACCAACCUCUACCUGUCAAACUUGCCUUUGGGCAUGGACGAAGCCGAACUGGAGUCGAUGCUAAAACCCUUUGGACAAGUCAUCUCCACACGUAUCCUGCGCGAUGCCAGUGGCACCAGCCGGGGAGUUGGCUUUGCCCGGAUGGAGUCCACGGAAAAGUGUGAAGCUAUCAUCACCCACUUCAAUGGCAAAUAUAUCAAAACGCCCCCAGGAGUACCAGCGCCUCCAGAUCCAUUGCUUUGCAAAUUUGCUGAUGGUGGACAGAAGAAGCGCCAGAACCAAGGCAAAUAUGUGCAGAACGGACGCGCCUGGCCACGGGAGAGUGACACAGGCGGGAUGACCUUGACCUACGACCCCACAACUGCGCUACAAAACGGGUUCUACACAACACCCUACAGCCUGGCCCCUAAUAGGAUGAUUGCCCAGACUGCACUCUCUCCUUAUCUCCCAUCACCUGUUUCCUCUUACCAGGUUCACAGCCCAUCCUGGAUGCACCAUCAGUCAUACCUCAUGCAGCCCACGGGGACAGUGCUGACACCUGCCAUGGAUCAUGCGAUUUCCAUCCAGCCCACCUCCAUGAUGGGGCCCCUAACCCAGCAGCUGGGCCACCUGUCCCUCAGCAGUGCUGGCACGUAUAUGCCAGCAGCAGCAGCUAUGCAAGGAGCCUACAUCCCGCAGUACACACCUGUGCCUUCCUCUAGUGUCACCGUUGAGGAGAGCAGUGGCCAGCAGAGCCAUGUGACAGUGGAGUCCCCAUCGGAUCAUGCUGCCUACUCGUAUCAGUACAACAAGUAACAACAGUGCCAUCGAGGAGCUCAGCUCUGAGCAGUCACUUCGAGGGAGACAACUUUUGUUUUUUGUUUUUUUUUCAUUUGUGCUGCAUUCAGAAGAUGGAACCAUUUUUGUUUUUGUUUGUUUGGUGGUUGUUGUUUUUUUUGCAAAGAAAAAAAGAGGUGGUUUUUGUUUUGUUUUUAAAAAAAGGAAAUAACUGCAAUAGACUUUUUGACACCGAGGAACCAAAGGAGGUUAGAGGGCUGGGUGGUGAAAAUGAUGUUCCCCCCAAAAACCCUUAGAUGUACAGAUGGACUAAGGACUCUUUUAAUACGAGGAAAACAUUUUUUUUUUUGUGGGUGCGUGUGUGUGUUCGCGUGUUUCUUUUCUUGUUAACAGCAACAUCAAAUGCUUUAGAUGCCACAAAAUUCCCCAGAGAAGAACUGUUCCCCCGCCCCCCUGGCGCUCGCUCUCUCUUUUGGGAAGAUGACUCUGUACCUCUGGGAGAAAAAAAAAUUUUUUUUUUUUGCUCCUUUGAAUUUGUUUUGUUUCCUUUGGUCAUUUAAGAUUUUUUUUUAAAGGACAAAUAUGCAAAAGUGUUUGAAUAUCUUUUUCUCUCUCUUUUUUUGGUUGUUUUAUAAGAAAAAGAUGCUCUGAGAAAGUCCCCACCUUGCGAC